AUUUUCACUAUCGAGAAGAAGAAGAAGAGGAGAACGCGAGCUCUGAAGAGUUUCAUUAGGGUUUUCAUGGCUUCGUCAAACGCCAAACCCUUACUCACGCCUCCAAUUUCAAGGCGCUUACCUUCUCUGCAACUUUCCUAUCUCUCUCUCAAACAAUGUCAAAAUCCACGUCCUUCUCUCGCUUCAGCUUCCUUCUUAGGCCAGCCCCUGAAAUCCUCAAUUUCUAGAGUUGUUUCUCUCUCUAAACGCAGAGAUCUCACUGUUAAGGCAUCGGAUUCGAAGCCUACGGUGCUAGUUUCAGAGAAGCUUGGGGAGGCCGGCCUUGAGGUAUUGAGAAGCUUUGCAAAUGUUGAUUGCUCAUACAAUUUGACACCGGAGGAUCUUUGCUCGAAGAUCUCUCUGUGUGAUGCUUUGAUAGUCAGGAGCGGAACAAAGGUGAAUCGAGAGGUUUUUGAGGCCUCUAAAGGGAGGUUGAAGGUAGUGGGAAGAGCAGGGGUUGGAAUUGAUAAUGUGGAUUUACAGGCAGCUACAGAGUGUGGCGUUUUAGUUGUUAAUGCUCCCACUGCCAACACUGUUGCAGCUGCUGAGCAUGGGAUUGCUCUAAUGGUUGCUAUGGCUAGAAAUGUUGCUCAAUCUGAUGCAUCAAUGAAACUUGGAAAAUGGCAAAGAAACAAAUAUGUUGGUGUCUCUUUGGUCGGGAAAACACUGGCUGUUAUGGGAUUUGGAAAGGUGGGGUCUGAAGUGGCUAGGCGUGCUAAAGGCCUUGGAAUGCAUGUGGUGGCACAUGACCCUUAUGCCCCUGCUGACCGUGCUCGUGCUAUUGCGGUUGAUAUGGUCACCUUUGACCAGGCCAUCUCCACUGCUGAUUUUAUUUCACUUCACAUGCCUCUCACUCCUUCCACAAAGAAAGUAUUCAAUGAUGAGACUUUUGGAAAGAUGAAGAAGGGGGCGCGCAUAAUCAAUGUAGCAAGGGGUGGUGUUAUUGAUGAAGAAGCUUUGGUGAGGGCCCUUGAUAAUGGGAUUGUUGCCCAGGCUGCACUUGAUGUAUUUACUGAAGAGCCUCCACCCAAGGAGAACAAGUUGAUACAACAUGAAAGGGUAACAGUGACACCUCAUCUUGGAGCAAGUACCAUGGAAGCUCAGGAAGGAGUAGCCAUUGAAAUAGCAGAGGCUGUUGUUGGGGCUUUGAAAGGGGAGCUUGCUUCAACUGCUGUGAAUGCUCCCAUGGUCCCUGCUGAGGUCCUCACAGAGCUCGCGCCCUACGUGGUCCUCGCUGAGAAGCUUGGCCGCCUUGCAGUCCAGCUUGUUGCUGGCGGCAGUGGUGUCAAACAGGUCAAAGUAAUCUACACUACUUCCCGCAACCCUGAUGACCUUGACACUCGCCUCCUUCGUGCCAUGGUCACCAAGGGCAUCAUCGAGCCCAUCUCAAGCUCCUUCAUCAACCUCGUCAAUGCUGAUUUCUCAGCCAAACAAAGGGGUCUUCGCAUUAGCGAAGAGCGCAUAGUCCACGAUGGGUCCCCUGCUGAGCCCCUUGGGUCCAUUAGGGUCCAAAUCUCAGGUGUGGGAUCACGGUUUGCUAGUGCUGUCACCGACUCUGGUGAAGUGAGUGUAGAGGGGAGGGUUAAGGAUGGUGUUCCUCACUUGACUAGUGUGGGAUCAUUUGAUGUUGAUGUUAGUCUUGAAGGGAACCUGAUCUUGUGUAGGCAGGUUGACCAGCCUGGGAUGAUUGGGAGGGUGGGGAAUAUAUUGGGGGAGGACAAUGUGAAUGUGAAUUUUAUGAGUGUAGGGAGAACGGUUCGGGGGAAGAAGGCGAUCAUGGCGAUUGGGGUGGAUGAGGAGCCGGGAAAGAAGACUUUGAGGCUGAUUGGGGAGGUGCCGGCAAUUGAGGAGUUUGUGUUCCUCAAGCUCUGAUGUUGAGAGGGGAGUUUGAGAGUGAUCUCUCUCUCUCUCUGUGGGCACAAUCCUUUUUUUGGUUUUAUUAUCACUCUUCUCUCAUCGUCUUUCUGUCAAGGUUGGCGCAAGCCGUUCUUUGCUAGUCAGCAUCUCCUCUCUCUACAUGCAUACAAGCGAUUUUUUACAGUCUUCUCUGUGUGCGCGCAAGCCAUUCUUUGCUGUCUGCUCUCUAAUGCAUGCUCUCUCUCUUUGUGUGUUCCUUUGUAAUUUUUCUCCUUAGGCCAGUUCUCCAUGAGCGUCUCUCUCCCUCCAUACUCAUGUCUCUUGUCAUUCUAUGAAGGUGAGCGCAAGCCAUUCUGUGCUAGUUAGCAUCUCCUCUCUCUACAUGCAUGCAGGCCAUUUUUUACAGUAUCUCUGUGCGUGCAAGCCAUUCUUUGCUGUCUGCUCUCUCAUGUUCGCUCUCUCUCUUUGUGUGUCCUUUGCAAUUUCUCUCAUUAUGCAGUUUUUCAUGAGCCUCUCUUUCCCCCCUCCUACGUCAUGUUUUUCUUGAACCCUUCCCUUCUGUUAAGUUUGUGUUCAUCAAGCUCAAAGCAUGCAUACAAAAGCUUCCCCAUUUGCAUGUAUGAGAACUCAUUCAUGCACCCCCCGCCUCCCCCCCUGCUCUCCCUCUCUCCCUCUCUCCAUUUUGUUGUUUCAGGUCUGUGUGCCAUUUUUUGCAAGCCUCUUGGUUCCCCCCAAACCUAUCAAUAAUGGACUUCAAAUCUCAUGUGGCUUGCCAUAUUAUAUGAUUCCUACAAUUAGACAAGAAUUUUGAAUAUGGGUAUAUCUUCGAGUCCCUUUUCGGAUGAAACUGGGUUUUACCUAGUACUACUUUUGUCCUAGCAAAUGGGCCGUAGUUCUGUUUUUCUUACUGUUGCAUAUGUUAUUGUGUAUUCCUUUCGGAAUUAGCUUUUGGUUGUUGGAGUGAUUAUUUGUUCUAGGGUGUGGUACCCACUCAAACCUCUCGCUAACUUGGCGAAUAAUAAGAGUUUUUGAGUUUUGAGUAGGAAGAGGUUUUAUUUUAGUUAUGUGAUUUGGAGCUCGAAGAGGAGCUUGUUGUAUGUGACAGUAUGUAAUUUUUGUAAGUAGGCCAGCAGGUUUUGGAAUAAUAGCAUGGAAAUUUAAAAUUGCAGUGCGAGAACUUA